UUGGCGCGCCUUUUUCUGUCAUUUGUUUGUUUAUAUUUUGAGUGUUGUGCAAAAAAACAAGAAAUCAUUUAUAAAUAGUUGUGCGUACUAUAUUGUUGGUAUCAAGUCAUGUCAAAAGUUAAGGCCGAUAAACAAUCACCAAAAGAGAAUACAAAAGCAGAAAACAGUGAUAAUGAAUCAAUAGAUGAUACAGCAAGUGUCGCAACAAGCACUACCUCGCGCAGCAAGUCCCCUGGCUCUCGUGGACGCAGACAAAGUCGGGGUCAUAGUAAAUCAAAAGCGAAAAGACCGGCGUAUAAAUACGACUGUCAUUUAAAAGAAGAUCAUGGACAGGCUAUUUUCGGUGUGUCUUUCAAUCACCUGUUGGGUAAGGAUCAACCAAUGGUGUUUGCCACAGCGGGCAGUAAUCGUUGCAACAUUUAUGAAUGUCCACGCAAAGGUGGCUUAAAACUAAUCAUGUGCUAUGCAGAUCCUGAUCCUGAUGAAGUUUUUUACACAUGCAGUUGGUCUUAUGAUUUGAAAACAUCAGCUCCCCUAUUGGCCACGGCUGGUUAUCGUGGUGUUAUUCGCGUAAUUGACAUACAUAGAAAUGAAUCGGUGGGAAAUUAUGUGGGCCAUGGGCAGGCUAUCAACGAACUGAAGUUUCAUCCAAGACAAGCGAAUCUCUUGCUCUCAGGCAGCAAAGAUCAUGCCAUACGGUUGUGGAACAUACAAACGCAUGUGUGUAUAGCAAUUUUUGGUGGUGUGGAGGGUCAUCGAGAUGAGGUACUAUCGAUAGACUUUGAUUUACGUGGAGAGCGUAUAAUGUCCAGUGGCAUGGACCAUUCUUUAAAACUGUGGCGCAUUGACACGCCCGAAUUUAAAGACAAAAUUGAAAUGUCCCGCACCUUCAAUCCGAAUAAAUCCCAGCUACCGUUUCCUACAAUUAUGCAACAUUUUCCAGAAUUUUCUACAAGAGACAUUCACCGCAACUAUGUGGAUUGUGUACAAUGGUUUGGAGAUUUCGUCCUCUCAAAGUCAUGCGAAAAUUCAAUAGUAUGUUGGAAACCGGGACAGUUACACCAAACGCUGUCUCAGCUAAAGCCAAACGAUCCUUCGUGUACAAUCAUUAGUGAAUUCAAUUACGAUGAGUGUGAAAUAUGGUUUGUACGUUUUGGCUUUAACCCUUGGCACAAGAUUGUAGCUUUGGGCAACCAAUAUGGCAAAGUGUAUGUAUGGGAACUGGAUCCAUCGGACCCUAGACACACACAUUCCAGCACCCUGAAUAAUAUUCGAUGCACUUCAAUUGUGAGACAGACUGCAUUUUCUCGUGAUGCAACAGUACUGGUAUGGGUAUGCGAUGACGGCACAGUGUGGCGUUGGAAUCGGAGAAAUGCAGAAGUACACACACCAUAAUACAUACAUUCAUUUCACAUGUUUUAUAUAAGUUAUGUUUUAUUAUAUAAAAUAUAAUUAAAAUAAAAAGUUGUUUUUCUAUCCACCAAUUUUUGUUAAAUAUUUCUAUAAAUGACUUAAAUCCUAUUCAUAUAUUUAAUUCUGAUUUCGGAAUGACAUCGGAAAUAAGCAUUAUUUAAAGCCGGUCGUUAAAAUCCGCACAUUAAAAACAUCGUCUUUUAACAUUAGUUAAACAGUUGUGUUAUUUUUUUAAUCUAACUUUAAGAUUUGUUGGUUGAUAUUUAAGAAUAUUUAUGAAAUAACGACAGUUUAUUGUAAGAAAAAAUCUACUAAUCUCUAAUCCAUGAUGAGUUAGUUUCUAACAGACGACAAAUUAUUUUACAUUAAACAUGUAUCUAUGUAAAUUAAAUUAUGCAUUUCUAUGUUAAAUUGAAA